CUUAUUUUCAGAUCAACUGAAAUCAACAUGAACUCCAAGAUAUUUGCCGUCCUCUUUGCUGCUAUCUUUUACUUUACUUCUGUCUCUGCCAUGACCUGUAAGUGCGCCAGAGGUCCUACUGUUAUUACCAGACAAGUCUGUCAAGAAUUAAGCUUCAUGGUUGGUACUGACAGCAAGCACACCGAUUACGGAAGAACCACUUGUUACAAUAUGUCUGAAGACAACACCACCACGUACUUUAUUCCUCAAUGCAAGAAGGAUGGUGGUGACAGAUGGGUCUGCUACUAAAAUAUUUUAUCUCUUUUUGAAAAUAAAAUCCAUGCUUAAUGAAAUGCG